UUUUUAUUGUUUGUAAGUUGUUCUACUUGAUGCUUGACAGCUACGUGUACUCUUUCAAUAUACGUGUCCCCGUUUGAAUUUGUUUUGAAAGUCCGCGAUUAUUUUUGGAUAAUUUCUAAAGUUAUCGCUUAAGGUGAAGGUUUGUUUUCAAUUAACAUUCAAUCAUCUUCGCGUCGGCUGCCUUCAGAACCUCUUAAAACUGCAUUCCCCGCGUUAACAUCAAAGAACACCCCACACAUUUUUUAGGUUAUCAUGAACUUACUAACCCAUAUUGCAACGUUACUCUACUUAUUUUCUUGUAUUUACGCCCAACGUGUUCCCCCCGGUGUAAAUCCUAAUCAUUAUCAGCAACAGCAGCAAUUUCAACAACAACCCCAAUAUCAACAGCAACAGCAGCAGUUCCAACAACAACCUCAAUAUCAACAACAACAACAGCAACCACCACAAUAUCAACAACAACAAGUUCCCAUUCAACAACAGCAGGUUCCUGUUCAACCUCAAGUGCAAGUUCCACAAGGUCAUGUACCUGUUCAACAAGGACACCCACAGCAAGUACACCCUCAGCAAGGACAUCCACAGCAGGGUCAUCAGCAAGUUCCGCAUCAUGGGCAUCAUCAACAAGGGAAAAUUUUAGAUGCGCAACACAUCAUGCAAGAAAAAGAACACAUAGCUGAACAUAUGGAAAUUCCAAUGGAUACAAGCAAAAUGACUGAACAAGAACUUCAAUUUCAUUAUUUCAAGAUGCACGAUGCUGAUAAUAAUAAUAAAUUGGAUGGUUGUGAAUUGAUAAAAUCUUUAAUUCAUUGGCAUGAACAAGGAAACACAGAGCCCGGACAAAAUCAGGUGGAAAAUAAAAUUUUCAAGGAUGAUGAAUUGCUGACAUUGAUCGAUCCAAUCUUAAAUAUGGAUGAUAACAAUCGAGAUGGUUACAUUGAUUAUCCCGAGUUUAUUAAGGCUCAACAAAAAGUGGCCAGUCAACAGAAACCCUAAAUAAAAACAGUCCAAAAGCUAAAGAAGAACAUCCAGCUAUUUCCGAUGAAGAGCUGGAACGUACCGUCGAUGAAGCAAUGAAAGUGGCCGACAUCAACCGUGACGGCUUCAUCGAUUAUAGGGAAUACAGAAAAGCUGCGUAACUCGUGAGUUUAUUAAUAAAUUUCAACCCACGGACGUUCGACCACAAAAUCUAAUCAAAAAGGUGUCGGUAUUUCAUUAAGACUGCUGAUUAAAUGUCUUUGUUCACCAA